AUGAACCAAUUUGUCCGAAGCAUGUACGGCGCCGGUGGUUCUUAUCUUUCUGCAGCUGAUGAACUUCCGAUCCCACCCUUGGCCUCAAGUCGCUUCUACAGCCCUCAGGGAGCCUACUUCCUGACGAUGCUUCGGCUCGGCCAUUCGGUUGGCCCGAAGGUCUUGGUUCGGAAGGAUUUCUGGCUGCUCUUGUCACUUCACUUGUGCGUAUUUGCGGUUUACAACAAUGGUUACAUCGAUGGAUAUAUGGACAAGAAGGAGAAGGGAUGGAGGCUCAGCACGCUUGAGCUCGAAUGGUCCGACAUAGAGCUGAUGUUCAUCCUGAUGUCAUGCGCACUGUGCUUUGCCAUCAAUCAGGCAUACUUUCGAUAUCUGCACUUGGGCCACUUGGUCAGGAAGAUGAUGGACAGUGUCUACGAUUUUGCCUUUGAGGCCCGGCUAUUCUUGCGAAAGGAAAACGAGCCGUAUGACCGUCUGGGCUGCCGUUGGGCUGUGGGAUCCUCGGUCCUGGUUCUAUGCCAGAUUUUAAGAAGUUACAAAGAUGAUGCAGUUCAACAGAUGGAUCUCCUGAAGCUGGUGGACCUUGAGUUUAUCCGGCCUGGGGAAGCCGAAUUUCUAGAUCCUGGAUGUCUCUCAGCGAGGCAACGGACACUUGUCAUGAUGCAUACCGCCUGCGACUGUGCCUUACACGGAAUGCGAAAGGCGGAUGUUGCACCAGCAACGCAGAGGGAGGUGUUGCAGCGUCUGGUAGACUGCAAGUCUUACCAGCUCCAAUUGCUGGAUGCAGCAAAUGCAAUGCUACCUUUUGAGUAUUUUCACUUGCUGAGUAUGCUGGUGACCUUGACAGUGGCCUACUUGGGUCUUUGCAUGGGCAUUUGCGACUCAUGGAUUGCACCUCUUGCAUAUGCAGCAUCCCUGUUGAUUAUCUUGGGUCUGUUUGAGCUGCUUUGCAGCUUGAACUAUCCUUUUGAUGGCGUGCAUGAGGCAGACUUUCCGUUGAAGGGCUGGCUGGUACACUUUCUUUCAAACCUGACUGUGUUGCUGAACUACUCACAUGGCGGCAAUCAGAGCCACUGGGAAAAGGAGUUGCAGGCCGAAAUUGCAAAUCCAGUUGAGUUUCCGCUCACCCAAGAGCAAGUGAACUCAAUCCUCUCUGGCGAAGCCAAGAGGUUGCAGAAGAGGCCAGCAGCAGUCAGUCAAGUUUCGCGGGCUGCGCAGAGUUUGGUGUCUGCUGGCGGCUCCUCGAAAUCAGCUCGCCUAGAGUCGACGAAAUCUGCAGUUCCAUGGUACAAAGCUGCUAUGGGCUAUAAGGCUGUGGACACCGAGGAGGUAGACGACGCACCCUUGCUUGGCAACUGGGCAGGGCCUUCACUGGGCAGAAUGGGCGAAGCCUUUGGUCUCACCGCCGAUGGCGCUUCCCAGAGCCGUGACAUGCAUGUAGAGGAGCGCAGCAAGAAUGCGCUUUGGUAA